AUGGCUGCUCCGAGAACCAAGCAUCAUUCUGUUGUGUUGCACAUUCUUCGCUUUGUGAAGGGCACUAUGUUGCAUGGUUUACACUUCUCGGCACAUUCUUCCUUGACACUUAGUGGCUAUUCUGAUUCAGAUUGGGCUGGAGAUCCUAUUGAUCGCCAUUCCACUACUGGAUACUGCUUCUUUCAGGGUGAUUCACUCGUCUCUUGGCGUAGUAAGAAGCAAACCUUAGUUUCCAAAUCGAGUGCUGAUUCUGAGUACCAUGCUCUUGCUGGUUCCACCUUCCGAGCUAUUAUGGUUACGUUGGCUACUUGUUGA